CUGGGCUUUGAGAACAUGAGCUGGGAGCGAGGGAGGCGGAGCCUGAUGGGGGGAAGAUACCGGGCACUGGGCUGAGCUGAUUGAGGUCAACCACGACGACAAGGUGGUGGCGUCCGAACGCUUUGAGAUCACGCAGCAGAUCAAGCGGCUGACCCUGGACUCCAUGGUUCCAAAGAACAAGGAGGUGGAGCGACGGCUGACCUCUCCCAUCCUCAGCACCUCCCUGGACACCAGGAGCAUCGCCUUUGAGAGAAACACCUCUGGCUUCUGGGUCUGGAAGACGGAGAGGAGCGAAGCGGUGAACGACUACGAAGCUAAGGUCUUCACGGCCAACAACGUGAACGUGGUGACCAGGAUCCGGACGGAGCACCUGACUGAAGAGGAGAAGAGGCGAUACAAAGCUGACCGAAACCCCCUGGAGUCCUUCUUGGGCACCAUUGAGCACGAAUACGGAGCCCAGCAGGACCUGACGACGGAGUUUGCCUCGAGCAACAACCCAACAGCUCUCCCGCCCGAGGAAUACUUCGACCCCCAGUUUGACUUGAAGGACAGAGAUAUCGGCCGGCCCAAAGAAGUGACCAUCCGGACUCAGAAAUUUAAAGCCAACCUGUGGAUGUCCGAAGAGUUCCCGCUCUCCCUUGUGGAGCAGGUCUCCCCCAUCGUGGACCUGAUGGCCAGGACCAGCGCCCACUUUGCUCGGCUGAAGGACUUCAUCACCUUGGACUUCCCUCCUGGGUUUCCGGUGAAAAUCGAAAUCCCCCUGUUCCACAUCCUGAACGCUAGGAUCACCUUUGGACGUGUCAACAGCUGCAGCACCCUGGAAGAGGCUCCACCCCAGGGCCCCGAAGGCCUGCAGGGCGCCGCUGCUGCUCCGGCCUCCCCCUUUGUGGUGGACCCCUCCGUCUUCGAGAUCCCCAAGUCCUACCGGGUCCAAGACGAUGGGCGGAACCUGCACGUGCAGGACGAAGACAACGAAAUCAUGCAGUUUGCCAUCCAGCAGAGCCUGAUGGAGUCCGGCCACAGCCAGGAGCCUCUGGGGCCACCUGUGAACGGGGACGUCUCCCACUCCCAGGACCUCCACCUGCGAUAUCAGAGGGCCCUGCAGGAGAGCCUCCUGGCGAGCGGCGGGAUCCACCCCGCUCUGCGCAGCUCUUCCACCUUCGACCAGGAGUUGCAGCUGGCCAUGGCGCUCUCCCUUCAGGAGCAGCAGCAGGAGGAGCAGCGGAGGCGGCAGGAGGAGGAGGAGGAGCUGAAGGAGGCGCUCCAGCGCUCCCUGCUGGAAAAGUAGCAGGAUGACGCGAGGCCCGCCCUUCUUCGCCCGGGCGCUGGACGUAGAGGCCAGGCCCGGCCCCCUUCAGCGGGGGGGGGGGGGGGGGGCUCUUCCGCUCACUCGCCAAAGCUUUGAGCCCAAAGAUCUGCCCGCUCGGCAGUUGCGCCGAAGGGGGCACCCCAGCCUCUGCCAAAGCCCGUUCUGAAGAGGUGCCAGGCUCUUGCCAGCCUCAAAGAGGGGGCAGCGGAGGGUAACAACCUGAGCCAAGGGAGGGGCUUCCUCGGACUCGGCUCCUCACCUUCCAAAGAUUUCAGCAGCUGCCAGGUGUCUUUUAGGGCCCGUGUGCCUCGCCCACCGCCUGCCUGCACCAGAGUGCUUCUUCCCUUUGGACUCCUCCGGCCGCUUCUGUGUCUCUGUAGCCUUCCCAAGCCUCUCCUCUCCUGGUGCUCCUCCUAGCCAAUCUGGGGGGGGGGGUGUUUUUAAAUAAAGUGGGGGCAACUCCU